GAUUUAAACAAAAUUAAAGUGUAUUUAAAUUAUACAUUUCAGCAUACACAGAAAAUUCUAACGCUGUACGCCUGCAUUAUAACGUUCAUGCAUACUAUGCUCUAGAUAACCCCUUCCAUUUGUGAUGGCUAAUAUGCUCUAUACACUGAUAACUGUACGUCUGUAAACAUAUAAUAUUCUUGUUAUUUUUAUUUAUUAUACAACGUUUUUCAUUCCCUCUUUUUCUUGUAAUACCUUGUCAUAUCCUCUAGUCAUUGACGAAACAUAUUGCCUACUCCCACCAAUGUAUAUAUGUAUAUAAUAAUAAUAAUAUAACCGUGACACAGUCGCUUUGCAAUUGAUUCGUAACAAUGUCGGAAGCAGUGAAUCCUGUAUUACUACGUUGAUAAAUGUGUGUCAUAAUACAGUUGAUCGUUUAACUUAGCAGUCGACUGUACUGGAGGGCAAACAAUACGCUGCUAUAUUAGUCGUCGUUUUGCUAUUGGAUUAUUGCCUAUGGGCUACCAGCUUUAUAUUAUUAUAAAUAAGUGACAUCAGUUUUAAAUAUAUAUUAAGCAUAAUGACUAAUCAAGAUAGAGUGGUUUUAAUAACAAAGUCUAAAACGCUCACAUCAACAGUACUCGUAGUCGAACGCCAAGCAGAUAACAACAAUGAGCACAAUGAAAAGAAUGAAUAUUUAGCUGGCGGAGAACACAGCGGCAUCGUGAUCAGCAAAAUUAGAAAAUACGAUAUUCUAGACGAAACACCCGCAGAUACAUCGGUUCAGUUCUGCGUGUUUCUAGUAAAUGGUCAAACGGGUUUACACACCAAAGAAAGACGUACCAUAAGAUUUUGGUGUAAUGGAGAUAAAACGGUGGACGCAUUAGCAGUGGCAUCUCAAUUCUUUCAAGACUUAAUAUUACCAGAUCAAUUUCCUCUUGAUUAUGUAGGUUUUGUAAAAAGAUUAUUAACUUUAAUGCACAAAGGCUACAAAUGUAUCUCAAAACUUGAAAUUGAAUUAAAGCAGUUAGAAAGAACAUCAAUAAGACCUGUAGAUCAAGUUUCUGUUGAAAGCUCGACAUUAAAUUUGGAUAUAUCACCAACUAAAUUACGUGAAUUGAUCGAAUCUUCAUAUCCUAACCCACUAACUAUUGACGAUAUUAACAAAAAACACGGAUGGAAGAACUCAGACAUAAAGGAAAAUUUAGAAAAACUACAACAGUCUGGAAUUGUUAAGCCUGUCGAUGGCGGUUACACAAGAGUCGUCCUUCAUGACAAAAUUGUAGAACAAAUUCCUAUUAUUCAAUAUAAUCGGCAACCAACUGUGGCCAUUAUAACAGCAGAGUAUUGCGAAAAAGUAGCUGUUGAUAUUUUGAUCGAAAACAAAGAAACAUUUGUACGAUACACCACUGUUGGAGAAUCAAAUGUUUAUACGAUAGGAAAAAUGGGAAACCACAGUGUAGUUUGUACCAAACUUCCUGCAUUGGGAUCAAGCAGAGAAGCUACAAUAGCAGCCGGAAAUGCAAUAACUCGCUUAUUAGGGACAUUUCAAAAAGUUGAACAUGUUUUUGUUUGUGGUGCUGGUGGUGGUGUACCACAUUAUACAAGUUAUGACAAACAUGUAAAACUAGGAGACGUAGUUGUUUCUCAUUGUGGAAACAACCAAAAAGCUGUUUAUACAUACUGCAAAAAUGUCUCAAAUGAAAAUGGAAACAUGAAAUUCCAUUGUCAUCAAUAUAAUCCAAAAAUAUUUGAUAUACAAAUAGCUGCAAUGAAAUUACAAACAGAAUUUAUUCAACAGGUAAAAUCAAUUGACAAAAAGCCUUUAUGGGAUAUAUAUUUAAGCGAAGCUUUGAAUAAGAUAGAAAAACAAAAAACUGAUAAUGAAUCUGAUUUUAAACGACCACCGGCUGAUUCUGACAAACUUCAAAUGUAUAUUGGUGGAACAGAAUUAAUUGAAAUUACUCAUCCCAUUUGUAAUGAUAAGGACAAUGAUUUAGGUACAAGAAUACAUGUAGGUCCUAUUGGCGGUGGUCAAAGUGUUAUAUCAAAUGCGUUUACAAGACAAAAAUUUACUACCGAGUACAAAUUGCUGGCUAUGGAUUCAGAAUUUGACUCUGUAAUGGGAUCCUUAAUGGGAAACUAUUGUCAUUCUUAUGCUAUUGUUAGAGGCAUUUCAGACUAUAAAGAUGGAUCGGUAAAAAACGAAUGGCAACCUUAUGCCUCCUUAGCUGCAGCAUCUGUCAUUAAAGCAAUAUUAUCGAUAAUCAAUGUAUAAACUAAUUACAAUUAUUUAUAUUCCAAAAUAA